GCGGGUGGUCUCCCAAAUCACCCACCCCAGCAGGCUGGUGGGGCAGAGCUCGGGAGGAGAAGUCCCAAAGCAUCAGCUGGACACCAGGGUCAGGCAUGAGCCCGGAGGAGGAGGAGGAGGAGGCGGAGGACCCGGGCUGCACCUGGCACAGGUGAGCUUCAUGGUGCGUGCCUUCGGCUCAGCCUUCACCCUCGAUCUCCGGCUGAACCACCACCUCCUCGCCUCCCACUACGUGGAGCGGCACGUCGGCGCGGGCAGCAACGGCAGCCACAGCACGGGUGCGGGGGAGCACUGCUACUACCAGGGCCGGAUCCGGGGGCAGCCCCGCUCCUUCGCCGCUCUCUCCAGCUGCCAGGGCCUGCGCGGAGUCUUCUCGGACGGCCGAGCCACGUACCUGAUCGAGCCCCAGGCGGGCGCCGAGCACGGGCAGGGCCUUCGACCGCACAUCGUCCAGCGCGUCCCCAGCUGCCCCCGACUGGGCUGCCUCUUCCCCGCGCUGAGCCAGCGCGUCCCGGGUGGGACACCAAAGCUGCGGCGGCGGCGGCAGGUCCGCCGAGCCCAGCACACGGUGCACAGCGAGACCAAGUACAUCGAGCUGGCCGUGGUGAACGACCAUCAGCUGUUCCUGCAGCUUCGCAAGUCCGUAGUUCUCACCAGCAACUUCGCCAAGUCCGUGGUCAACCUGGCUGACAUGAUCUACAAGGAGCAGCUCAACACCCGCAUCGUGCUGGUGGCCAUGGAGACGUGGGCGGCCGAGGACCGGAUCCGAAUGGGGCAAGAUUCCCUGGAGAUCCUGAACGAGUUUGUGAAGUACCGGCGCGAGGGGCUGGCAGAGCACAGCGACACCGUCCACCUCUUCUCGGGUCGGACGUUUCAGAGCAGCCGCAGCGGCACCGCCUUCGUCGGGGGCAUCUGCUCCCCGGGCCGCGCCGGCGGCGUCAACGAGUACGGCAACGUGGCGUCCAUGGCGGUGACGCUGGCACAGACGCUGGGGCAGAACGUGGGCAUGAUGUGGAACAAGCACCGCACGGCCGCAGGGGAUUGCCGCUGUCCCGACUCCUGGCUGGGCUGUAUCAUGGAGGACACAGGGUACUACCUCCCACGGAAGUUCUCCCGCUGCAGCAUCGAUGAGUACAACCAGUUCCUGCAGGACGGCGGCGGCAGCUGCCUCUUCAACAAACCCCUGAAGCUCCUGGAUCCUCCGGAGUGCGGCAACGGCUUCGUGGAGGCAGGCGAGGAGUGCGACUGCGGCUCGCUGGCGGAGUGUGCGAGGAGCGGCGGGAACUGCUGCAAGAAAUGCACCCUGACCCACGACGCCAUGUGCAGCGACGGGCUCUGCUGCAAGGGCUGCAAGUACGAGCCACGUGGCGUGUCCUGCCGGGAGGCUGUGAACGAGUGCGACAUCCCCGAGACCUGCACCGGGGACUCCAGCCAGUGUCCCCCCAACCUCCACAAGCUGGAUGGGUACUUCUGUGAGAACGAGCAGGGACGAUGUUACGGCGGGCGCUGCAAAACCCGGGACCGUCAGUGCAACGCGCUGUGGGGCCGCAGCUCGGCCGAGCGCUUCUGCUACGAGAAGCUGAACGUGGAGGGGACGGAGCGGGGGAACUGCGGACGCGAGGGCCUGGGCUGGCUGCAGUGCAACAAGCAGGACGUCCUCUGCGGCUUCCUCCUCUGCGCCAACAUCUCGGGGUCGCCGCGGCUGGGGGAGCUCAGCGGGGAGAUCGCCACCACCACCUUCUACCACCAGAACCGCUACGUGGACUGCAGGGGCGGCCACGUGCAGCUGGUGGACGGCUCGGACCUGAGCUACGUGGAGGACGGGACGCCCUGCGGGCCCGGAAUGCUCUGUCUCGACCGCAAAUGCCUUCCAGCCAGCGCCUUUAACUUCAGCUCCUGCCCCGGCAGCUGGGACGGGAAGAUCUGCUUCGACCACGGGGUUUGCAGCAACGAGGGGAAGUGCAUCUGCCGGGCGGAGUGGACGGGGAAGGACUGCAGCGUCUACGACCCCAUCCCUGAGCCGAAGCCGACGGGGGAGACGGAGCGGUACAAGGGUCCCAGUGGCACCAAUAUCAUUAUCGGCUCCAUCGCGGGGGCCGUGCUGGUGGCUGCCAUCGUCCUAGGGGGGACAGGCUGGGGAUUUAAGAACAUCCGCCGAGGAAGGUCCGGGGGGGCCUGAGCGGGGCCGCUCUGCCCCGCCCCCCCAGCGCCUCAUUAACAGCAAUUAAAUGGGGCGGCGCUGCCGAGGGUCCGGCCGAGGAGGAGAGCGGGGGGGGGGACACCCGGGACCGCCCCCCGGCCCCCCCCGCACCGCCACGAAUGUACGGGGACCCCCGGCCCCCGCCGGGCUGGCGGCACUCGGCACUGGAUGAAUGAAUGAGUGAAUGAAUGAGUGAAUGAAUGAAUGAAUGAACCCGCGGGGCCAGCGGGGAGCCCCGGCCCCACAGCCCCCCUGCCCCCCAGCAGCAUCUUCCACCCGGGGGUCCGGGACCCCUAAAAACAGGCCCUGUACCCCAGGACAAGGCCAGUGUCCCCAGGACGAGGCCAGUGCAGCCCAGGACCAGGCCAGUACACCCAGUACUGGGCCAGCGCCCUUUCCCAGUUCAGGGCCUGGGGUCGUGUCCCCCCAGCCCCGGUGCCUGGGCUGGCUCCCAGGGGGGCCAAGUCCCGCACCCCCAGUUGUGCCUCCCUGCCCCAAAGCAGCUCAGCAGCCCCCGUGUGGGCUUGGUCCCCUCAAAUCCUCCCCCGAUCCCCCAUGUCCCAAGCCGUGGGACCCCAAAGUCCUCAGGGGUGGGACAGGCACCCACGGGUGACAGCUCUCCCUCAAGGCUUCCCUCGCUGCCCCAGCUCAGGCAGGUGAACCCCAAACUGGCGACACUGGGGCUGGGGGGGACAGAAGGGCCCCCCCGGGGGACCAGGGUACAGGGGGAGCCCUGGGCUGGGGACACGCAGGGCUGCUUGCUGGGUGACACUUGUCACCCAGGGCAGGCCUGUGGCACCCAGACUGGGUGUCACCCACUGCCAUGGCAGGCUGGGGAGAGGCACCACCCUCUCCCUGUGGCACGUGGCACAUGUCACCCUGCAUGGGGUGGCUCUAGAGAGCCACCCAAACCACAGCACCACGGCCCACUGGGGCCGCACCGGUCCCUUAAGCACCGGUGACACUCAGCAUGGAGGGGGGACAUCCCUGGUGACACAACCCGGAGUGUGUGGCUGUGUGGGGACACUCCUGGGGACAAUGGGGGACAAUACCCACUGUCCACGGCAGUGUGGGGGUGUCCCCUCUGUGUCCCCUCCUUGCCCAGUGUCCCUGCCCACCACCGGGCCCCUUUGCCGUGGAGACAGAGAGUGACCAAAGGUGUCCCCAGGCCCAGCCAUGGCCACAGCGUGUGGUGGCACCCGGCCUGGUGUGACAGCCCCACCGGGCACCCACGGGUGCCCUGGCUGUGGUGGCACCCCAGGUGACAGCAGGUGACAGCAGGAGGAGGGUGGCCGGACAUCCCCUGGCUGGGCUCGGUGGUGGCUUCUUGUGUGACGUGUCAGCACUGGUUGGGACACGUGGGGACCUGGGACACGAGGGGACCUGGGACCUCCGUGGGCACCAGGGCUUUGGGAUCCCCCCCAUCUCUAUCACCGUCACCACAGUGUCCCCACAGCUGCCACAGCCAAAGUGCCGGGGUGCUCCCCGCGGCGAGGGGACACCCCCGGUUCAGAGCAAGAAGCCACCGUUGUCACUGGGUUUGGGGACAUUAAGAUAUAUAUAUAUAUACAUAUAUAUAUAUAAAUACUGGGAUUUUUCUUAAUGAUUUUAACGCUGUCAGGGCGGGCCGGGGGGGUGUUGGGGGGGGCACCCGGUGCUUCCAGAGCCAAGAGAGCAAAGCCCCCCCAGCCCCCGCUGCUCCCACGGGCCCCGUCCCGUCCCGGGGUGGAGCAGAGUGGGGCGGGGUCCCCGUCCCCGUCCCCCGCCCCCCGCACCGC